AUGUUAGAUGAUAUUUCUAGUUCAAAAAGUUGUUUGGAACAAGAUCUUGGACCUGAUAAUUAAUCACAUUUCUUAGAAAAGUAUUUUUAUGACUUAAUUACUGAUAAUUGUGAUUAAAUAUUAACAAAUACUUUAUAUAGAUCUUUAAUUGAACAAAUUUCAGAUAAGAAAAUAUUAGAAACUAUAUUAACAAGAUAUAUUUAGGAUUAAAUUGAAUUACAAUAACGUUAAAAGAUUCAUUCAAAAUACUUUUUUGCCAAAUCAGUAGUUCCAUUUAAAAAAUUAAUCUAAUAAUUUAGAUAAUUAUUAGUUCCAGAAGAAAAUAUUAGUCAGACAAGUAGUACAUUAAGUUAAUCAUUUGAAAAAAAAAAUAAAAGUGGACUUUGUUACAAUUCAGAAUUUAUAGAACUAUAUGAAAAUGAAUACUUUAAAGAAAUGAAUGAACUUAACAAAGGAGAACUUAUAUACAUAGAUGUUAAGUUUCGUAUUACAAAUUCAUAAUUAAAAGAAGAACUAUACAAAAUCAAAUCUCAUAUAUUAAAAUAAUUACUUUAUUAAACUAAUACUGAUGAAAAGUAGAAAUUUAUUAUUAUGACAUAGUUUUUUUUAAACUUUUAAUGAUUAUUAUAGAUUAAAAACAAUCACAGUACUUCUGUUUGUUAAUGGAGAUAUUAAUUUUGAUUAUGAAAAAUAUUUUGACUUAAAAGAAUUAUAUGUUGGUUAAAAGAAAUUCUUGAUCAAACUUAAAGUAAAUCUUUUUUUUAUUAUAUAGGUUUGUUAUGUUUCAACAAAUAGACUAUAUUCUAAUUUUUGUAUUUCAAAUAACAUUAUUAGCCAUACUAUUACACAAUAAAAUAUGGCAUUUUAUGAAUUGAAAAGGUAUGGUUAAUGUAAAGUUAUUAUAAAUAAAACUAUUGGAGAAUUAAGAAAAAUGAAAUAGAAAGCAAAUUAUAGCAUUUUUAAAGAUUAUAGAUUUUACAUUUUAGCAAUAGGGGGUAUGACAGCUAUUGGAUUAUUAUGGAAUACAUUUUCUAAGAAAGAGAUUUAUGAUAGAAAAUUAUUUAGAUAAUAAUGA